AUGACCACUUCGAAGUUAGUUCUUCGUCCGCAAAUCAAAAAGCGCAUUCGUCAAAUUUCAUCGACUACACUGGACCACCAAUCGCAGCUUAUUUUGAAUGCACUGAAGCCUAUACUACAAAGAUUUUGUUCGGUAGCGUGUUUCCUCGAUAUGGGCCGCGGGGAGGUCAGGACGAUGCCCAUCAUUUCCCACUUGUUCGAAACCAAGAAACAUGUAUUUCUACCGCGAUGCACUGACACCCAGAUCAGUGGCCAUCGGGUGCUCCGGCCAGGAGUAGAGUCCCAUCCGCAUCUGACCUUUCACGAGAUGCCGUCUCUCGAAUAUGUACAAAGAUUGGAGCCACAGGGCAAAUAUCAAAUUCGCGAACCGCCUUUGGAGGAGCCGCAUCCACAUCCUCCAAACUUGGAACUGGUGCUGGUGCCGGGCGUCGCUUUCAGUCCAUUAUCUGGGGCCAGGAUGGGCCAUGGCGCUGGGUUUUAUGACGAUUUCAUCCAUCGAACGCUAGACACGCAUGGCAAACGGCCGCUGCUUAUUGGCCUCGCCCUGGAAGAACAGCUGGUGCCUGAAGUACCUACAGAGGCACACGACCAUCACAUGGAUGGGAUAGUAUGCGGAGACGGAACCGUCCGUUGGUUCAACGACCGCCCGUGA